AUGUCUGCUCUGGCUUACAUCACCAGUUUAUUAAUGACAGCUCAAUUCAGGGAGAUAACUAGCGAUAAAUUGAUAGAGAGCUACCUUGCUCCACUUGAUAGCUUUGGUUCUAAGGAGAUGUCUUUAUGA